CUCAAGCCAGUGCUUGUCGUGCCGUCGCCGCAGGGCGCGCAGGGCUUCCGGGCGAUGCCGCCGCGUCGCCAGUCCCCGCGCGAGCGCACGAGCAUGGACGCCAAGCUUGUGGUGCAGAACACACUCAUCAACGCUGUCCCCAAAGACUCCGACGAGGUGAUCCCCCGCACGAGGUCGGAGCCCUACCCCAGUGGUAGGCCGUCUGAGCUUUGCGUGGACAUGUCGGAGGAGGGCGGCCAGGGCCCAGACCUGGUCGUCCAUUCGGCGCCUCAGGACGACCACCCGUUGGCCUGGCUGACGCCGACGCCGCCGCCGUCGCCGCGCCAGAUGGGGACUUGGUACGGUGAGCCCAGGGAGGCCCCCGAGGACGUCACGACCCUGGCCUUCGUGGAGGCGCCGGUGGAGGCGAGCGCCGGGGCCCCGCAAGGAGGCGCCGGCGCCGCAGGCGCGCCCACCGACGGCCCAGACGGCGAGGCGAUCGAGGGCUGCGCCGCCAGCGCGAAGCCAGGGUGGAGGACCUCCCUGAGGAGCCUCCGCGGGAAGGGCGGCUUGUGCGGCGGCAGCGCGCUCGGCAGAACCCCCACAGCGACGCUCGCGUUCUCGUCCGAGAGCACAGUGGCGUCGGGCCGGGGCAGGAGCGCCAGCCCGAACGUCAUCCUCUCGGAGCCCCUCGGCUGCCAAGUGCCCCUGCCCGCGUCGCCGGUGUUCUGUGGUAUGGUCCCAGUCGCCGUGCCCGUGGGGAGCGGCGUGGGAGGCGGCGUGGUGGCGCCAGUAAUGGUGCCGGCAGAGGCGCUGCUGGCGGCGGAGACGCCGGCACUGACAGCAGAAGCACCGCUGGUGGCGGGCGCGACGUUGCCAGAGGCGAGCGCGGCAAUGCCGGCGGCGGCCUUGUCCGCAACGCUGGCGGCGACGCUGCCCGCCGCGCUCGGGCCAGCCGCGGGCGCGGUGCCGCUCCCCGUGGCGGCGCUGCCGCCGCAGUGGCCGGGGCAGAUGGCCGUGGCAGUGCCCUUCCCGGGGGUCACGGUGGCGAUCAUGAAUUGCGGCGCGAGCCGGGCGGCGGGCUCGGAGUACUGGGAGGGGACCGCGGCGACGGCGCCGGUGACGACCAUGAGUUGCGGCAUGAGCCAGGCUGGUGACCCGGAAUACGGGGGGGGGACCGCGGCGCCGGCGCAGGAGCCGCACCGGAGAGGCCAGCGUGGUCUGACGUCGUUGUCAUCGCGCCCUUCCCGCGCCACCCGAUUGACCACGAGCGACUUGUCGUCGUCGCGACCUGACCGUGCAGCGCAGCGCACCGGCCGCCCGCGCGGUGGCGGCGUCGUGACCGCCCGGGAGCAGCCCUCCAGCCAGGGGCCAGCGUUCGGGCGGCUGCACAAGCUGCACCGCGACGCCCAGGACAGCGGCAUCGUCAACGAGGACAGCCGGACGUUCACGAAGCAGUCCUAUCACGGCCGCCUCUCGGUCAUCACGGAGGACCAGGUGCACUCGAGCGGAGUGUUGCGGUACGCCAUCACGUUUGCCAGCGGCGAACUGAGUAGCGCUGACGGCGUGGGCUUCGUAUUCUCCGACAGGCUCCCGUGCCCGAAGAACAUCCAGAAGCUCGUUUCCAUCUUCGUCAACAGGACUGGGCGCAUCUGCAUGCGCGCCCUGUCGAACGUCGUGAGGUACGACGUGGGCGUCAAGCAGCUCGAGGUUGGGGACUGGGUAGAGCUAACUGUGGACCUGGAUGGCCGCAUUGCUGAGUUCACGGUUUGGGACGCCGAGGACGGGUCUUCUUCAUCAGCGAGCUUCGCUUUCGGGGCGGCUUUGAAGCAGAUGGAGCACGCGAUGUCCAACUUGCCGCAGGCAUCGUGCGGGUACGUCGCUUGCGUCGUGAAGAACGUGGGCGUCACCGUGGCCCUGGGGUCGUGACCGACAUCUGGCCGUUUGGAUGGCGGCUGGGGGAAGGGGGGGGGGAUGCGAGGAGGAUCGAGGAUUAGCAUGAAGAGAAAGAGAAGGGAGGAUGUAUGCACAAGGAAAGGAAGGUCAACGUGCCUCCUGAGCACGCGUGCGGAUGUGCGCCACCUUCUGCGAUCUAAUGUGCAGUUGGCGCUUUCGUGGCACUGUGUGCAGCGGCAGUGCUUCAUUCAUCGUCCUAACGUGCUACGUCAGGCGAGUACUUCGCACUGCUGCUGCGCAUCCUGCCUGUACUCAGCCUGCUGAGCUGUUGCCUUCCUCGAAUGGCAUUGGGGCCGUGCUUUAUUUAGACUCCUUGUACAGGCAUUUGCCGAUGGUUGACCAGUCGAACUCCUUAGGACAGCAAGUAUAGUACGCAGAACAGGGGGG